AUGGCUCAAUACUACCCCCAACAACAGCAACAGGGCUAUGCCCCUCAAGGCUCUGCACCUGCACAGAACCUCCAGUUCUUCCCCACGUCCUAUUCCUCUGUCUCCGGACACACUACUCCUUCGCAAGCUGGGUAUGGUGCUGGGUUCGGUGGCGCGCCUAAUCCUGCACAGGCAUAUCCUGCUGCUGGAUAUGGGGGAUUUGGGGCCCCGGCUGCGGGUGUGAGUGGACGGAUGGGUGAACAGGGUGGCUUGAGGACUGGGUGGUUGGCUGCGUUUGGAGCGGAGGGGUAUGAUGGGGAGCCUUCUUUGCAAGAGGAACUUGGGAUCAAUAUUGGUCAUAUUAAGACUAAGACCCUCACCGUCCUCAACCCCUUCGCCUCAAUCGACAACCACCUAAUGGACGACAGCGACCUCUACGGCGCCCUCCUCUACGUCUUCCUCUACGGCCUCUUCCUCCUCUUCUCUGGAAAGGUCUUCUACGGCUACAUCUACGGCGUAGCCGUCUUCGGCACCGUCUCUCUACACCUAAUCCUCAGUCUCAUGUCCCCCGUCCUCGACGCAGCAUCAGCCCCCAACGCCGCAGACCCAUCAAACUACAACCCGCACCACAAGCCAUCUAUCUCCACCGCUUCAGCUGCCGGCCAUUUCUCCGCUACCCUGACAUUUCCCCGCUCAGCAAGCGUUCUGGGCUACUGCUUUCUUCCUCUCGUGCUCACGGCUCUUAUCGGUGUCCUCCUUCCUAUGGAUACAUUGUUCGGAUACCUUCUUACCACUGCUGCAGUGGGUUGGUGUACGUAUAGCUCUUCGGGGAUGUUUUGCUCUGUGGCUAGGAUGACGGGGAUGAGAGGAUUGGUGGCUUAUCCGCUUGCGUUGUUUUAUGUUGUUUUUGGGAUUAUGGGGAUUUUUUCGAGCAGGGGAACGGGCACUUUGGCUGCGAAGACGGGGGCGCUUUAG